AGUAUAAAUACGUGAAUCGAAAACUAUUUACAUCAGUUUAAAUUUUAACAAUGUUCCGUGCAAUCGUCUUUACUUGCUUAUUAGUAGCUGUCUCUGCCUAUUGGCAACCAAAGGGACACCGCAUCGUUGGUGGAAACCAGAUCACAAUCGAUAAGCGACCCUUUCAAGUUUCUUUGAACAAUAACGGAUAUCACUACUGCGGCGGUUCAAUUCUCGAUGAAUACACAAUCUUAACUGCUGCUCAUUGUGCCCAAAACUCAGCGAAGAAUUACAAAAUCCGUGCUGGAUCUACUUCAAAGAACAGCGGAGGGCAAUUCAUUCAAGUAUCAAAGGUCAUCAACCAUCCAAAGUACAGCUCUUGGGGAUAUGACUUUGAUGCCGCCAUCAUGAAGUUGGAGCAACCUUUGACAUUCAACGAAGAUGUUCAACCCAUUAAAUUGGCGCCAAAAGGAUACACAGUCGAUGACGGCGAAACUGUCGUUGUUAGCGGAUGGGGAGCUUUGUCAUCUGGCGGUUCAUCUCCAACAAAUCUUUAUGAAGUUGGCGUUCCCGCAGUGAACCAAAAAGUUUGUGAAAAUGCUUAUGGAAGCGAUAUUUCUGAAAAUAUGAUUUGUGCAGGAAUUGGAGGAAGAGAUUCUUGUCAAGGAGAUUCUGGCGGUCCAUUAACUCACAACGAUUUGCACGUUGGCAUUGUUUCAUGGGGACGUGGAUGUGCAUUGCCUGGAUAUCCAGGAGUUUAUGCUCGUACGUCUCAAUUCCUUGAUUUCAUCACUGAACACAUGGAAUAAAUAAUAAAUCUCGAUUUUUUUCAUUUAAAUUUAAAUUUUUGACUUUUUACUU